AUGCCAGGAGCGGCCGGGGUCUUUCUCCUGCUGCUGCUCCGGAGCCUCGGGGGCGGCCAGGCGCAGCGGCCCCAGCAGCCGCCGCCGCCGCCGCAGCGGCAGCCACAGGCGCAUCAGCAAAGAGGUUUAUUCCCUGCUGUCCUGAAUCUUGCAUCAAAUGCUCUCAUCACGACCAAUGCAACAUGUGGAGAAAAAGGACCUGAAAUGUAUUGCAAGUUGGUAGAGCAUGUCCCUGGGCAGCCUGUAAGGAAUCCACAAUGUCGUAUCUGCAAUCAAAAUAGCACCAAUCCAAACCAGAGACACCCGAUUACAAAUGCUAUUGAUGGGAAGAACAGUUGGUGGCAGAGUCCCAGUAUUAAGAAUGGAAUCGAAUACCAUUAUGUGACAAUUACGCUGGAUUUACAACAGGUAUUCCAGAUUGCGUAUGUGAUUGUAAAAGCAGCUAAUUCCCCUCGGCCUGGAAACUGGAUUUUGGAACGCUCGCUUGAUGACAUUGAAUACAAGCCCUGGCAGUAUCAUGCUGUGACGGAUACAGAGUGCCUAACCCUCUACAAUAUUUACCCCCGCACUGGCCCACCCUCGUAUGCCAAAGACGACGAGGUUAUCUGCACUUCAUUUUAUUCCAAGAUACACCCCUUGGAAAAUGGAGAGAUUCACAUCUCUUUGAUCAAUGGGAGACCAAGUGCUGAUGAUCCUUCUCCUGAACUGCUGGAGUUUACCUCUGCUCGCUACAUCCGCCUAAGAUUUCAGAGGAUCCGCACCUUGAAUGCUGACUUGAUGAUGUUAGCACACAAAGACCCAAGAGAAAUUGACCCUAUUGUCACAAGAAGAUAUUACUACUCGGUCAAGGAUAUUUCAGUUGGAGGGAUGUGCAUCUGCUAUGGUCAUGCCAGGGCUUGUCCACUUGAUCCAGCGACAAAUAAAUCCCGCUGUGAGUGUGAGCACAACACGUGUGGUGACAGCUGUGAUCAGUGCUGUCCAGGAUUCCAUCAGAAGCCUUGGAGAGCGGGGACUUUUCUGACGAGAACCGAGUGUGAAGCGUGCAAUUGCCAUGGAAAAGCUGAGGAAUGCUAUUAUGAUGAAGAAGUUGCCAGAAGAAACCUGAGUUUAAAUAUACAUGGAAAGUACAUCGGAGGGGGUGUGUGCAUUAAUUGUACCCAGAACACUGCUGGUAUAAAUUGUGAAACCUGUGUUGACGGCUUCUUCAGACCCAAAGGGGUGUCUCCAAAAUAUCCAAGACCAUGCCAGCCAUGCCACUGUGAUCCAGUUGGUUCCUUAAAUGAAGUCUGUGUCAAGGAUGAGAAACACGCGCGACGAGGUCUGGCACCUGGAUCCUGUCAUUGCAAAACUGGCUUCGGAGGUGUGAGCUGUGAUCGGUGUGCCAGGGGCUACACUGGCUAUCCGGACUGCAAAUCUUGUAACUGCAGUGGCUCAGGGAGUACAAAUGAGGACCCCUGUUUCGGACCCUGUAACUGCAAGGAGAACGUUGAAGGAGGUGACUGCAGUCGUUGCAAAACGGGUUUCUUCAAUUUGCAAGAAGCUAAUCCAAAAGGUUGUGAAGAGUGUUUCUGUUCAGGGGUUUCAGACAGAUGUCAGAGCUCCUACUGGACCUACAGCAAUAUACAAGAUAUGAAUGGCUGGUACCUGACUGAUAUCUCUGGCCGCACACAAGUGGCUCCUCAGCGGGACAGCUUAUAUUCACCAGAGCAGAUCAGCAUCAGUAAUGCACAGGUCCGGCAAGCCCUGCCCAACAGCUACUACUGGAGUGCACCAGCUCCAUACCUGGGAAACAAACUCGCAGCUGCAGGAGGACAGCUGACAUUUACCAUAUCCUAUGACCUCGAGGAAGAAGAAGAAGAUAUAGAACGCAUUCUCCAGCUCAUGAUCAUCUUAGAGGGAAAUGACUUGAGAAUCAGCACAGCUCAAGAGGAAGUCUAUCUGCAGCCAUCUGAAGAGCACGUUCAUACGUUGUUGCUUAAAGAAGAAUCAUUUGGCAGACAUGGCACACAUUUCCCAGUCAGUAGGAGAGAAUUUAUGACAGUGCUGGCAAAUGUAAAGAGAGUCCUCAUACAGAUCACAUACAGCUUUGGGAUGGAUGCCAUCUUCAGAUUGAGCUCUGUUAACCUUGAAUCUGCCGCUCCCUAUCCUACUGAUGCGAAUGUUGCAGCAGCUGUGGAAGUCUGCCAGUGUCCACCAGGGUAUAGUGGCUCCUCGUGUGAAUCUUGUUGGCCUAGGCACAGAAGAGUUAAUGGCACUCUUUUCGGUGGUAUCUGCGAACCAUGUCAGUGCUUUGGCCAUGCAGAAUCCUGCGACGACAUCACAGCAGAAUGCCUGAAUUGCAAGGAUCACACGGGUGGCCCAUACUGUGAUAAAUGUCUUCCUGGUUUCUACGGUGAUCCUACCAAAGGAACCUCUGAGGACUGUCAGCCCUGUGCCUGUCCACUCAACAUCCCCUCCAACAACUUCAGCCCGACGUGCCAUUUAGACCGGAGUCUUGGACUCAUCUGUGACGCGUGCCCAGUCGGCUACACAGGACCACGCUGUGAGAGGUGUGCAGAAGGCUAUUUCGGACAACCUGCUGUACCUGGAGGAUCAUGUCAGCCAUGCCAAUGCAAUGACAACCUUGACUUCUCCAUCCCUGGCAGCUGUGACAGCUUGUCUGGCUCCUGUCUGAUAUGUAAGCCAGGUACAACAGGCCAGUACUGUGAGCGCUGUGCUGAUGGAUAUUUUGGAGACGCAGUUGAUGCAAAGAACUGUCAGCCUUGCCGCUGUAACGUCAAUGGCUCCUUCUCUGACGUCUGCCAUGCUCGAACUGGACAGUGCGAAUGCAGGCCCAACGUGCAGGGGCGGCGUUGUGAUGAAUGCAAGCGUGAAACCUUCGGCCUGCAAUCGGGAAGGGGCUGUGUUCCCUGCAACUGUAAUUCCUUCGGAUCUAAAUCAUUUGACUGUGAAGAGAGUGGACAGUGUUGGUGCCAGCCUGGAGUCACAGGGAAGAAAUGUGACCGCUGUGCCCAUGGAUAUUUCAACUUCCAAGAAGGAGGCUGCAUAGCUUGCGACUGUUCCCACCUGGGUAAUAAUUGUGACCCGAUAACUGGUCAAUGCAUUUGCCCUCCCAAUACCGUUGGAGAGAAAUGUUCUAAAUGUGCACCCAACACCUGGGGCCACAGCAUCAUCACUGGCUGUAAGGCUUGUAACUGCAGCGCAGUGGGGUCCUUGGAUUUCCAAUGCAACAUAAAUACCGGCCAAUGCAACUGUCAUCCAAAAUUCUCCGGUGCAAAGUGCGCAGAGUGCAAUCGAGGUCACUGGAACUACCCUCACUGCAGUCUCUGUGACUGCUUCCUGCCAGGGACAAAUGCUGCCACCUGUGAUCCAGAGACUCAAAAAUGCUCCUGCAGUGAUCAAACCGGGCAGUGCACGUGUAAGGUGAAUGUGGAAGGUGUCCACUGUGACAGGUGCCGGCCUGGCAAAUUCGGACUUGAUGCCAAGAAUCCACUUGGCUGCAGCAGCUGUUACUGCUUUGGCGCUACUACUCAGUGCUCUGAAGCAAAAGGACUGAUCCGGACGUGGGUGAUGCUGACUGCGGAGCAGACCAUUCUGCCCCUAGUGGAUGAAGCCCUGCAGCACACAACGACCAAAGGCAUUGCUUUUCAGCAUCCGGAGAUCGUUGCCCACAUGGAUCUGGUGAGACAAGAUCUCCAUCUGGAACCUUUCUAUUGGAAACUUCCAGAACAAUUUGAAGGGAAGAAGCUGAUGGCCUACGGGGGCAAGCUCAAGUACACGAUCUAUUUUGAGGCUCGCGAAGAGACAGGUUUCUCUACAUAUAAGCCUCAAGUAAUCAUUCGAGGUGGGACUCCUACACAUGCUAGAAUUAUCAUCAGGCAUAUGGCUGCUCCUCUAAUUGGCCAGUUGACAAGGCAUGAAAUUGAAAUGACAGAGAAAGAAUGGAAAUAUUACGGUGAUGAUCCUCGAAUCAGUAGAACUGUGACCCGGGAAGACUUCCUGGACGUCCUCUAUGAUAUUCACUAUAUUCUUAUCAAGGCUACUUAUGGAAACAUCAUGCGACAGAGCAGGAUUUCAGAAAUCUCAAUGGGGAUAGCUGAACCAGGACACAUCACAGCAGCUACUCCCCCAGCUCACUUGAUAGAAAAAUGUGACUGUCCCCCGGGCUAUUCUGGCUUGUCCUGUGAGACAUGCUUGCCAGGAUUUUAUCGACUGCGCUCUCAACCAGGUGGCCGCACCCCUGGUCCAACCCUGGGCACCUGUGUUCCAUGUCAGUGUAACGGACAUAGCAGUCUGUGUGACCCAGAAACCUCCAUAUGCCAGAACUGUCAGCAUCACACUGCUGGUGAUUUCUGUGAGCGCUGUGCUCUCGGAUACUAUGGAAUUGUCAGGGGAUUGCCAAAUGACUGUCAGCAAUGUGCCUGCCCUCUGAUUUCUUCCAGCAACAAUUUCAGCCCUUCUUGUGUCAUGGAAGGCCUUGAUGAUUACCGCUGCACUGCUUGUCCUCGGGGCUAUGAAGGCCAGUACUGUGAAAGGUGUGCCCCUGGCUACACUGGCAGUCCCAGCAGCCCCGGAGGCUCCUGCCAAGAAUGUGAGUGUGACCCCUAUGGCUCACUGCCUGUGCCCUGUGACCCCAUCACAGGACUGUGCACGUGCCGCCCUGGAGCCACGGGCAGGAAGUGUGACGGCUGUGAGCACUGGCAUGCCCGCGAGAGCACGGAGUGUGUUUUUUGUGGAGAUGAAUGCACAGGCCUUCUACUAGGGGACUUGGCUCGCCUGGAGCAAGCAGCCAUGAGCAUCAACCUCACUGGCCCACUGCCUGCCCCAUAUAAAAUGCUGUACAGUCUUGAAAAUACGACUCAGGAGCUAAAGCAUUUGCUCUCACCUCAGCAAGCCCCGGAGAGGCUCAUUGGGUUGGCAGAGGGCAAUCUGAACACACUUGUGAUAGAAAUGAAUGAGCUUCUGACCAGGGCUACCAAAGUGACAGCAGAUGGCGAGCAAACCGGGCAGGAUGCUGAGAGGACCAACACAAGAGCCAAGUCCUUAGAAGAAUUCAUUAAGGAGCUCACCCAGGAUGCAGAAGCUGUAAAUGAAAAAGCUGUAAAGCUGAAUGAAACUUUAGGAACUCAAGACAAGGCCUUUGAGAGAAAUUUGCAAGAGCUUCAGAAAGAGAUUGAUCAGAUGAUGAAAGAACUGAGGAGGAAAAAUCUAGAUACGCAAAAGGAAGUUGCUGAGGACGAGUUGGUAGCUGCAGAAGGUCUCCUGCAGAAAGUGAACAAGCUGUUGGCAGAGUCCAGGGGGAAAAACGAAGAGAUGGAGAAGGACCUCCGGGAAAAACUGGCUGACUACAAAAACAAAGUUGAUGACGCUUGGGCCCUGUUGGCAGAAGCUACAAACAAAAUCAGAGAAGCUGAUCGCUUAUCUGCUGCAAACCAGAAAAACAUGACUGCUUUGGAGAAGAAGAAGGAGGCUGUUGAAAGUGGCAAACGACAAAUUGAGAACACUUUGAAAGAGGGGAAUGACAUCCUCGUUGAAGCCAACCGUCUUGCAGAUGAAAUCAGCUCGGUCAUAGAUUAUGUUGAAGACAUUCAAACAAAAUUACCAUCAAUGUCUGAGGAGCUUAAGGAUAAAAUAGAUGGCCUCUCCCAAGAAGUAAAGGACAGGAAGCUUGCUGAGAAGGUGUCCCAGGCUGAGAGCCACGCGGCACAGUUGAAUGACUCAUCUGCCGUCCUCGAUGGAAUCCUUGAUGAGGCCAAAAACAUCUCCUUCAAUGCCACAGCUGCCUUCAAAGCUUACAGCAAUAUCAAGGACUAUAUUGAUGAAGCUGAGAAAGUUGCCAAAGAAGCCAAAGAUCUUGCACAGGAAGCUAUAGAGCUGGCAACAAGUCCUCCAGGUUCAUUAAGAGAAGAUGCCAAAAGCUCUCUUCAGAAAAGCUUCAGGAUUCUUAACGAGGCCAAGAAGCUGGCACAGGAUGUCAAAGAAAAUGAUGACCAUCUCAAGGACUUGACAACCCGGCUAGAAAAUGCUGAUGCCAGAAAUGGGGAUCUCCUGAGAAGUCUGAAUGACACCUUGGGAAAGUUAUCAGCCAUCCCAAACGACACAGCCGCCAAACUGCAAGCCGUGAAAGACAAAGCGAGAGAAGCCAACGACACGGCGAAAGAUGUACUGGCCCGGAUUAAAGAGCUCCACCAGAACCUCGAUGGUCUGAAGGAGAACUACCAACAGUUAGCAGACAGCGUGGCCCAAACGAACGCCGUGGUGCAAGAUCCUGCCAAGAACAAAAUCAUCGCAGAUGCCGGCGCUACUGUGAGAAGUCUGGAACAAGAAGCUGACCGGCUCAUAGACAAAGUCAAACCUAUCAAGGAACUUGAGGAUAACCUGAAGAAAAACAUCUCUGAAAUAAAGGAACUGAUAAACCAAGCCCGGAAACAAGCCAAUUCCAUCAAAGUAUCCGUGUCCUCGGGAGGUGACUGCAUUCGAACAUACAAGCCGGAAAUCAAGAAAGGAAGCUACAAUAAUAUUAUUAUCAAUGUCAAGACACCUGUUGCUGACAACCUCCUGUUUUAUCUGGGAAGUGCCAAAUUCAUUGACUUUCUGGCUAUAGAAAUGCGCAAAGGCAAAGUGAGCUUCCUUUGGGAUGUUGGAUCUGGAGUUGGGCGUGUGGAGUAUCCAGAUUUGACUAUUGAUGACUCAUAUUGGUACCGUAUUGAAGCAUCAAGGACGGGGAGAAACGGAUCUAUUUCUGUAAGAGCCCUGGAUGGACCCAAAGCCAGCAUUAUGCCCCGAACCUACCAUUCAGUGUCUCCUCCAGGGUACACUAUUCUAGAUGUGGAUGCAAAUGCAAUGCUGUUUGUUGGUGGCUUAACUGGAAAAUUAAAGAAGGCUGACGCUGUGCGCGUGAUUACAUUCACUGGCUGCAUGGGAGAAACUUACUUUGACAGCAAACCUAUAGGGUUGUGGAAUUUCCGAGAAAUAGAAGGUGACUGCAAAGGAUGCACUGUCAGUCCUCAGGUGGAAGAUAGUGAGGGGACUAUUCAGUUCGAUGGAGAAGGUUAUGCGCUGGUCAGCCGCCCAAUUCGCUGGUACCCGAACAUCUCCACUGUCAUGUUCAAGUUCCGGACAUUUUCUUCAAGUGCUCUCCUGAUGUAUCUUGCCACACGAGACCUGAAAGAUUUCAUGAGUGUAGAGCUCACUGAUGGACACAUAAAAGUCAGCUAUGAUCUGGGUUCAGGAAUGGCUUCUGUUGUCAGCGGUCAAAACCAUAAUGAUGGGAAAUGGAAAUCAUUCACCUUGUCAAGAAUUCAAAAACAAGCCAACAUAUCAAUUGUAGAUAUAGACACUAACCAGGAGGAGAACUUAUCAACUUUAUCUACUGGAAACAACUUUGGUCUUGACCUGAAAGCAGAUGACAAAAUAUAUUUUGGUGGUCUGCCAACACUGAGAAAUUUAAGACCAGAAGUGAAUUUGAGGAAAUACUCUGGUUGCCUCAAGGACAUUGAAAUUUCAAGAACUCCAUACAAUAUACUCAGUAGCCCCGAUUAUGUUGGUGUUACAAAAGGAUGUUCACUGGAGAACGUUCACACAGUUAGUUUCUCCAAGCCUGGUUUCGUGGAGCUCUCCCCUGUGCCAAUCAAUGUAGGAACAGAAAUCAACCUGUCGUUCAGCACCAGGAACGAGUCUGGGAUCAUCCUCCUGGGAAGCGGAGGGGCACCUGCCCCACCCAGAAGAAAACGAAGGCAGACUGGACAGGCUUAUUAUGCGAUAUUCCUCAACAAAGGCCGCUUGGAAGUGCAUCUCUCCACUGGGGCACGCACCAUGAGGAAAAUUGUCAUCAAACCAGAGCCGGGUCUCUUUCACGAUGGGAGAGAACAUUCCGUUCACGUGGAGAGAACUAGAGGCCUCUUUACUGUCCAAAUUGACGAAGACAGAAAGUAUAUGCAAAACCUGACGGUAGAACAGGCCAUUGAAGUUAAAAAGCUUUUUGUUGGCGGUGCACCACCUGAAUUUCAGCCUUCCCCACUCAGAAAUAUUCCUCCUUUUGAAGGCUGUGUAUGGAAUCUCGUUAUUAACUCUGUUCCCAUGGACUUUGCACAGCCUGUGUCCUUCAAAAAUGCAGAUAUUGGUCACUGUGCUCUUCAGAAACCUCCUGACCAUGAAGAUGGAGCAGUUCCAACUGAAAGAGUCACCCAGCCUGAGCCAGUUCCCACCUCAGCCUUCCCUACACCUACCCCAAUUUUGGCACAUGGUCCUUGUGCUGCAGAAUCAGCACCGGCUUUUUUGAUGGGGAGUAAGCAGUUUGGGCUUUCGAAAAAUAGUCACAUCGCAAUUGCAUUUGAUGACACCAAAGUCAAAAACCGCCUUACAAUUGAGCUAGAAGUGCGAACUGAAGCUGAAUCAGGCUUGCUAGUUUACAUGGCUCGGAUCAAUCACGCGGAUUUUGCUACAGUUCAGCUGAGAAAUGGAUUCCCCUACUUCAGCUAUGAUUUGGGCAGUGGGGACACCAGCACCAUGAUCCCCAGCAGAAUCAAUGAUGGCCAGUGGCACAAGAUCAAGAUCACGCGAGUUAAGCAAGAAGGAAUUCUUUCUGUAGAUGAUGCAUCUAACAGAACCAUCAGUCCCAAGAAAGCGGAUAUCCUGGAUGUCGUGGGGAUGCUCUAUGUUGGUGGACUACCCAUCAACUACACUACCCGCAGAAUUGGUCCAGUGACCUACAGCAUUGAUGGCUGCAUCAGGAAUCUUCACAUGGCAGAAGCCCCUGCUGACCUGGAGCAGCCAACUUCCAGCUUCCAUGUUGGGACAUGCUUUGCACAUGCUCAGAAGGGAACAUAUUUUGAUGGGACCGGUUACGCCAAAGCAGUUGGUGGAUUCAAAGUGGGAUUGGACCUUCUUGUAGAAUUUGAAUUCCGCACAACUAGAACCACCGGAGUUCUUCUGGGAAUCAGCAGUCAGAAAAUGGAUGGGAUGGGAAUUGAAAUGAUUGACGAAAAGCUUAUGUUUCAUGUGGACAAUGGCGCUGGCCUAUUCACUGCUGUCUAUGAUGCGGGAAUCCCUGGGCAGUUGUGUGACGGACAGUGGCAUAAAGUCACUGCCAACAAGAUCAAGCAUCGCAUUGAGCUCACGGUAGAUGGGAACCGAGUGGAAGCCCAAAGCCCUAACCCUGCAUCUACCUCAGCUGACACAAAUGACCCUGUGUUUGUGGGAGGUUACCCAGAUGGCCUCAACCAGUUUGGCCUGACCACCAACGUUCGGUUCCAAGGAUGCAUCCGGUCCCUGAGGCUCACCAAAGGCACUGGCAAACCACUGGAGGUUAACUUUGCCAAGGCCCUGGAACUGAGGGGCGUUCAGCCUGUGUCAUGCCCAGCCAACUAACCAAAAUAAGUUUCCCCUCCAGAGGGGUCUAUCAAAGCAAGUAUAACAAGUACCAUAACUAUAUUUACCUAUGUAUGUAUUUUAAUAAAACUAAUUUGUGCACGUAGUCUUUCUGUACUAAGAUGGUGCUAAUUCACAAUCCUACACUGAAUUCUAAUUCAAAUCACUUCUCAAGUCUAUGAAUAUUAAAACAAUUAUUGCAUUCU